AUGCUCUGUUUCCUUAGCACUGGUGACCAGGCAGCGAAAGGCAAUUAUGGCUUAUUGGACCAGAUCCAGGCUCUCCGUUGGACGAGUGAGAACAUCGCAGCCUUUGGUGGUGACCCGUUACGUAUCACUGUGUUUGGCUCUGGGGCUGGAGCCUCCUGUGUCAACCUUCUCACAUUGUCUCACUACUCCGAGGGCAACCGAUGGAGCAACUCCACUAAAGGUCUCUUCCAGAGAGCCAUUGCUCAAAGCGGCACAGCUCUGUCCAGCUGGGCUGUCAGUUUUCAACCAGCAAAAUAUGCACGAAUGCUGGCCCGUAAGGUGGGCUGUAACCUUGAGGACACAGUUGAGCUGGUGAUGUGCCUGCAGAGGAAACAUUAUAAGGAGCUGGUCGAUCAAGACAUACAGCCCGCACGCUACCACAUCGCCUUUGGUCCUGUUAUCGAUGGAGACGUUAUACCUGAUGACCCUCAGAUACUGAUGGAGCAAGGAGAGUUCCUCAACUACGAUAUAAUGCUGGGUGUGAACCAAGGCGAGGGUCUUAAGUUCGUGGAGCUCAUAGUAGACAAUGAAAACGGGGUCCAAGCCAAUGACUUUGACUACGCCGUGUCCAGCUUUGUGGACGACCUUUAUGGUUACCCUGAGGGUAAGGACAUCCUGAGAGAGACCAUCAAAUUCAUGUAUACUGACUGGGCGGAUAGGCACAACCCAGAGACUCGACGGAAGACCCUGCUGGCGCUCUUCACUGAUCACCAAUGGGUUGCACCUGCUGUUGCCACAGCCGACCUACACUCCAGCUUUGGGUCUCCUACAUAUUUCUACGCCUUCUACCACCACUGUCAGACAGAGCAGGUGCCACCAUGGGCAGAUGCAUCACACGGAGAUGAGAUACCAUAUGUGUUUGGAUUGCCUAUGAUCGGACCAACUGAGCUGUUUCCGUGUAACUUCUCCAAGAACGACGUAAUGCUCAGCGCUGUAGUAAUGACAUACUGGACAAACUUCGCCAAAACUGGGGACCCGAACCAGCCAGUCCCUCAAGACACCAAGUUCAUCCACACCAAACCCAAUCGAUUCGAAGAGGUGGCCUGGACCCGAUACAACCAGAAAGACCAACUGUACUUGCACAUUGGCCUGAAGCCACGGGUCAAAGAGCAUUAUCGCGCCAACAAGGUCAACUUAUGGUUGGAGUUGGUUCCUCAUUUGCAUAGCCUCAACGAGGUCACUCAGCUGAUUCCCACCACAACAAAGGUCCCUCCACCAGAUGUCACCAAUCGCACCCCGAAGACCAAGGUUCUGGUCACCAAACGUCCAAACCCAACUCCAUUCCCAACCAAAUCCCAAGACAUCCAAAACCAGCCGCACCUGGUGGACCAACGGGAUUACUCCACCGAGUUGUCAGUAACAAUUGCCGUCGGAGCUUCUCUGCUCUUUCUCAACAUUCUGGCAUUCGCUGCGCUUUACUACAAGAAGGACAAGCGACGGCACGACGUCCAUCGGCACUGCAGCCCUCAGCGAAGUGCCACCAAUGAUCUGGCCCACACUCAGGAGGAGGAGAUUAUGUCCCUGCAAAUGAAACAGCACUCAGAUCUGGAUCGGGAUUGCAGAGGGGUUGGGGACAGCCUGCAUUCACAUGAUGUGGUGCUGAGGACUGCUUGCCCACCAGACUACACUCUUGCCAUGAGGCGCUCGCCUGAUGACAUCCCGCUCAUGACACCAAACACUAUUACCAUGAUCCCUAGCAACAUAGGGGGGCUCACCUCACUCCACUCUUUCAACACCUACCCCGGCAGCGGGCAGAAUAACACUCUGCCGCACCCACACUCACACUCCACCACCCGGGUAUAGCCCUCUGAAUGCUGCCGUGCAGGUUUGACUCCGAAGGCUAAAGCUAAAAGCUAACGCCACAACUGCAGCAGGGACUAAUGGCACACAUGGGAACAUGGACGUAACAGAUGCUGAAAUACCAGCCUGGAGAUAUUAGACACCUGUGGGAUAGUACAAUAUCCUUUUAUUACCUAAAGGAAUGAAUUCAAGGGAUUUUGGGGAGUUUCAACUAGAGGAUAAAAAAGAAAAAGAAAAUAAAUAAUUAUGUUUUUGUAAAAAAACAAAAACAAAAAAAACUUGAAAAUAACUGUACAAAUGAAAAGAUUAAGAAAAAAACACAACCUAAACAAAAAAUGAUUUUUUUUUUUAUCAUUACUGUUCUAAAUGUUUGUUUUUUUUUUCUUUACUGAUAUUGCAGCAAAACAAGGUAUAGUUGCUUCUUUCUUGCAACAGAUGUGGCCUCUGGGAACAAAUGACAGCAUCAUCUGGAGGCAGAGCAGAGCAUCAGAGACAGCUCUGAGGUGGGAACAGCACUUUGUAAAAGAAAGAGAACGUCGUUUUCCCGUGGCACUGCUCUUCAAGUUUUUCGUCGAGAGGACACCUACCUUUGAAAACCGGAGGCUGCGUAAGAUAAGGCGAAAAGAACUUUUGAAACAAACAAAUGGAUGGACUGGAAAAACUGAGGAAUACAGAAACGCCGUAUGCACAAGAGAAUCAUUUUGAGUAAGACGUGAUCACAGAUGAUUUUCAUCCAUUUUAUUUUUGGAAAUUAGGGACGACUAUAAGACGGUUUUACAUAUCUAGAACCUGUACGCUAAGCACCAAGGCUGAUUAAGGCCCUCAUAUUUUAGGAGGUUUGACACCUAUACCGCAACUCUGCUGGCAGGACUAAACAUGUGGGACAAGAGGAUCCACCUGUUGGCUUUCUGGCAGUUCCAACCAAGAGCUUGGGGACAAAGGAUAAUUGGAUAUUUUAGCACGAUGCGCAUGACAAUUUAUCUGCUUGAUGGCUGCUCUGCUGAUUAUGUCAUUAUUAAGAAUAAUUUUCAUCCUCUCCUUUGCAUUGGAGUCAUAUCUGACAGUUUCCUGUUUGGACUACAGGAGACGCCCUCACCGGACGAUGAAAAAUGAGGCUCGGGUCGUGGAUGUGUUCCGGACAAAGGACAAAGGCAUAUAAGGACUAGUUUUGUAAUCUGUGUGUUGGUACUACUUUUUGAUAGUGUUAAAAUCACCUUACAGUGUAUCAAUCAGACUCAUUGUCUAUUCAGUUGAAAAACAGUGUUAUUUGCUAUUGUACCUAGUAUAUGACCACUUUACCGUAUAGAAUUACCCGCAUUGUUUAUUCCAUUACACAUUUCAUUUCUUUAACAGGAUGAGAGAUGUUGUGUGAAGCCUUCAACACAUAUUUAUGUAAAACGAGAAAAAAAAAAAGAAAAAAGAAAAUGCAGAAAAAUCUCUUGAGUUUUACUUUCUAGCUUUACUUUCUACUUCAUCCGGUCAGGUUCUGUGGAGCUCUUUGAACUCACAUUUCUACUCAAAACAAUUCACAGGCAAAGCACAGGCAGAUUACACCGGAUACCCUUGUGUAAAACUGCAACUGUGAAGCUGUGGAUGAAAGGAAGUGUUCUGGUCCAGUGCAGUAUAACCCAGGUUUGAUCACUUUUGGAAAAUACGUACUUUCUACAAGUUACUUUUUAAAAGGUAGCAAAAUGCUUUCUAGGUCAGGUAAGACCAACAGCCAGAUCAGCCAGUUUUUAGGAGAAUAUCACAUUUAAUCGUCUUAUUUUAUCCCCUUUUUCUGUUUAAUUACUAACUGCCAGGUUAGUUUGUUGAGCUACAUGAGUCCUCCUUGCGCCGACAGAGCUUUCACCGUAUCCUGCGAUGCCUGUCUGCCAAAAUCUUUAUGUCAGCAAAGCUAUCAAUAAAAGCCAACAGAAAAAGAAAGUUUGAUAGAUAGAAGCUACGUGGGGGCGGAUCGAGUGUGGCGUGUUACCCCAAGAAAUACUGCAGCGGAUAAGCUGCAUGACUGGGAAAUCCUUUUGACUGAAAUGAAAACAAAGGAACAGAUAAAAUAUUUUGUCGUUAUGCGACAGAGUGUAUAGAAGCUAAAAUAUGUGGAGAUUUUUGGGAAUUUUUUAAAAAAUGUAUCCUGGGAAUCUGUUGAAACGAUAUUGGAAACUUGAAGACUAGCGGUCAGCAUGACGGGUUGUGAUUGCAAGAAAGGUGCGAACUAGGGUUGUCAUUGUUUUGUACGAGCCUAUAGUAGGAGUAGGAGUAUUUACAUUUUUAUACUGGCUCAUACCGAAUAUUGUCACCGAUACUUCUUGAGGUUGGAUUUUAAUAUGCUGUGAACCGAAUGGCAAUGUCACAUAGGAGGUACUGCUGUGUGGGUAAUAAGGUGACUUGAGGUCUUUUUGUGAGCUCAACCAAAACCACGGUGAGGACACCAAGCAUGUAUAUGCUUACAGCCAUUAUCGUUUACUUCUCGUUAGCAGAAGGCUACUUCGAAGUCAGCAGAGCUUUUACACCAGUAGCGGAUUUCAACCUCUAACUUUUAAGUGAAGUAUUUCCAAGUUUCAAUAAAGUAAUUAACACACACAAUGUUUGAUAAACAAGUCUUAACAUCUUUAAAAAUGACUUGGUGGGGCAUAAAGUCUUCAUCGAACCUUUGUGGCGUUAAACUGAGAAGACCCAUUGGUGUAUCCGGCGGUAUGGCACAUCUUUAAAUCUUUUACUAAAUUGAUCCUACCAUAACAGAACAAAUCUUCAAGAUGCCCCUGUCUUUGUCACUGAUGUUAAAAUACCUCCAAACCGAUGACAUUGUUGACCUUCCUAACUAAACUACCAUUUAGAAGAGAAAUAAAACACUCAGUACUAGGAAAACACCUUUAGUGAUAGCUUUCGACCAGUUGGUUGCCAUUGGUUGCAGUGAAAAGCUGUUAUGGGGUAUGAGGCUUAAAAGCAAACCAGAAAAAAAGAAACAUGUAUUAUGUAGUACUACACACCAGGGGUCACCAAUGUGGUGCACGGGGAUAGCUGGUAGCGCCCCUUGGACUACCUAAGGUGCCCAUGGGUAGGUUCUAAGAACAAAACUAGUCAUCAAGAGGAUCAAAAACUGUACUGUUACUGUGCUUUUUGAAUCAGUUACACUUGCAAUGAUCGCUGUUUCAAAAGGUUGGCGACCCCUGCUGUACACAUCGCAGACAUACAUGCCUUUGUUAUUUUACUUGUUUUAAAGUUGUUUUGUACAGCCCAACACACUGUAAACAGACUGAAGAUUUGUUUAUUAUAAUAAAAAACCAACAUCACUUCACUUUGGUUCACAGCAACAUACUGUAGCUCACAGCAAGACAAGUUCUAUCAUUUUAGUUUUUACAAAGUACAAAGCUGAUGAAAAUGUUUUGAUCCAAAUCUUUUUUUUUUCCCCAAAAAAACUAAGACAAACCUCAGACACAGCAAAGAUAACUUGACGUGAUUUUUCAAAAGGGAUUCAUGUGAUGAUAAGUGUCAUGAAGAAAUAAGGAUAUGUAGAGAAAUUGCUUUUUCUUUUUUCUCAUGUUAGAAUCUUUUGACUUCACACUGUUCAUUUGCCAAGAUAUGGUAAGGGAUCUUGGAAAACACCCAAAAUCAGGCAUGGGCAAACUUUUAGACUCGCGGGCCACAAUUGUCCUAAA